GUUGUCUGACAAGUCAAGAGGGAGAAGGAGAGGAGAGUGAACCAUGAGAGACAACCUUGCCACUGUUUCACUUCAGAGCAUGGCCUUCACAGACUGUCUGACACCCACUGACCUGCUCACAGAGAAGAAGGGGAUAAAGAGAAAAAACUGGAGAAAUAGAAUGAGAUUUCUUUUGAAGACAAACCCUUCGCAUUCAAUAUUACAUCCAGUGAAAAACAGAUCCUACAGGCCAAGUGCUGAUGACGUCAACCAAUGGGCGCAGUCACUUGACAAACUACUCAGUCAUAAAUAUGGGAAAGCUGCCUUUUGUAUCUUCCUGAAGUCUGAGUUCUGCGAAGAGAACAUUGAGUUUUGGACAGCCUGUGAAGAUUUCAGGACACUCACAUCGCACAAAGAGCUGCUGUCCAAAGCCAAAAGGAUUUAUGAGGAGUUCAUUAAAAGUGAAGCUCCCAAGGAGAUAAACCUGGAUUUCCACACCAAAAAUGCUAUCGUCCAGAGCCUCCAUGAGCCCACUGCAACUAGCUUCCUGACAGCUCAGAGAAAAGUCUACAGUCUAAUGGAGAACAACUCCUACCCCAGGUUUAUCCACUCCGACCUCUACAAAGAACUGUGUGUAGCUGCCAGGGGAGAGGGCAAGCACAUUAAGUCUUAGUCAAACUAGACACCCACUCCUGAAAUCAUUUGUUUACCGCUGUGACAGUGUGAAUAGACCACUGAUGAUCUUCAUUACAGGCACUGCCUCUGAACAGAACAGACCUGAAUGCAAAUCCUGAGCAUAAACAUUAACAACGAGUGUGGAAAAUGCAAAACUGUGGCCAUUUUCAGUCCAUCCAGCUGAGAGCUUUCAACUGUGAAUUUGGGAUGAUUAGGCUGGAUGCUACACGCUGCUGCAGGCAGCUUUUCAACCAGAUGGGAUUAAGGUUACAUUUUCUUCACUGGGCCAUAAGCUGCUCUUUAUUUAUAUGAUAGCAGAACUUGGUAUAUUUUGAGCAAAUGAAUGCAGUUCAAGAAAAUGAUGUUGUGGAGCCCCUGCAUUUUAAAGAAUGAGAAGAGUCUAUCAAAACACUUUACAGUCUUACAGACAGUGCUGUUGGAAUAUAUUUUCAGAUGUACAUAGUCACAGGUAUACAUGUCAUUGCCAUAUUGCUCUGCUGGAUUUGCACAAGUUUACACAAUUUAAUUUGUAAAAUAUUUGCAUUGUCCGCUAAAGACUGAAAUGACUGUGACAUGUUAUUUAUUGUAAAUAUUGUGAAACUGCAUGACGCGUUGAAUGUGAAUUUAAGUUUGGGGCAGCUGGACUGCUUGAGAAAUAAACUUCAUUCUUCAGAGCUGAAA